UUUUGCCACCGGUUUUGAACUGGUGGCUUUGCAUUAGACUAUUGCCACCCCCCAAAUGCCCACCGGUUUAAAACCGGUGGCAUAGGGGGGUUUUGAACCGGUGGCCAAUUGCUUUAUUCUACUAGUGUUAUGUGGGUGUUAUGAGUAGCAAUUGUAAAUUGAUAUUAGAAUGAUGUGUUUAACAUAUUAAUAUAUACUUAGAUUGAAAAAUGCAGCAAAUAUUGGCAGACUGGUAAACAAGUUAAGCGUUGUUAUUUUAUUGUUUUUGUCUUAGGUCUGUAUGAAGAGAGGCAUAUGUGGAUCCCUGCCUACAUGAAACACCUAUUUUGGGCAGGGAUGAAAAUCACUCAGCGUUCAGAAAGACUUAACAGCUUCUUUGACAUGUACGUGAAGAGUGACACGCGUUUGUACCAGUUUGCGGAGAGGUACUGUGAUGCCAUGGAAAACAGGUCCAAUGCGGAGAAAGAAGCUGAUGCGAACAGUGCAAGGAGAUUGUGGCAUGUGAUAACUGGUUUUGCAUUUGAGAAAGCCUUUCAGAAGGUGUACACAGAUGCAAAAUUCGUCGAGGUACAGGAGCAAUGCGCCAGGCUAAUGUACGUGAGCAUUGUUGGGAAAAGGGAGGUGUCUAACAAUGUUGUUGAACAUUUGGUUCAAGAUAGGGUUUGGUUCUACGAUAAACAACUGAAAAAGGAAAUUCCUAUGGAUAGGAAGAGAGUGUACACUGUAACAUUCAACUCUGAAACAAGUGGCGCUUCAUGUGAAUGCAAGCUUUUCGAAUGUCAUGGAAUCAUGUGUAGGCAUCAGUUUAAGGUGUUUGAUGAUAAUUGGGUUAAGGAAGUCCCUUCAAAAUAUAUAUUGAGGCGGUGGCGUAAAGAUGUCCAUAGGCGUCACACGCGGGUUAAGGUGGCAUACCAUGAUCCCACGAAAACGGAAGAAGUUAAGAGGUAUGAUAGAAUAAUGGUGCAGUUUGACGGUGUUUGUCUUAAGGCAGCAACUCGUCCAGAGUAUGCUAAAAUGGUGUUUGAAGCUAUAUGCAAGCUGGAAAAAUCCUUGGAUGCUGCCAUCCUAAAGGAAAGUGAUAAGGAGGGUGCUGCAAUUGAAAAAGGAAGUGUUAAUGCAGCCAAGCUAAAGGAAAGUGAUAAGGGUGCUGAAAGUGUUGGUAGUGAAGCUGCCACUAUGGAAUCUUCCCCUUCGGUGAAUAUGGAUUUAGAAGGGAUAGGUACCGUGCCGCCCUCUGAUUUUGCGGGAUCGUGUAUGGUCAGUUCUGCUUUGGGUUUAGACGAUAUAUCCAUUGACCCCGUAGUUAACACUCCAGCUCAAGCUAUAGUUGUUGCAAAUGAUGAUUCUUCUGUGAAUGACAACCUGACCCCAGCAUCAGUGCAGAAGCCAUUGUCUGUUGGCGAUCCAAUCUCUAGGAAAAAAGCACACCGACCGAGGGCUAAGCGUUUCAUUUGCUGAGAAAUGUGCCAAGAAUUCAUUGCCCACACAUAGUGUGCCAAACAAUGGGGUAUAUGCGUUAACUUUUUUGUUUAUGUUUUAUAUGCGCUAUGAGAUAUGAAGUCACAAAAAUGUUUUGAUGUUGAUUAAAAUAUGUAGGUUUAUGGCAUUAUGCUUAAUCUGUUCAAAUUUUUUUUAAUCUUAUUUUAUAUAUUUUUUUUUUGAUAACUCAGGUUGUUCAGCCUCAAUGUAACGCUCCUAAGCCAAAAAGAAAAAGAGGAAGGAAGGACAAAGAUCAGGAACCCGCAACUAUUAUGCAUGGGCAUUUUCAGGCUUCUCAAGCUGCAGUUCCGACAAUGUGGGUAGGUGGAAUAGGGUAUGGCCCUGCAUAUGGUGAAGUUGGGUACUUUACAAGGUCUAUUCAGUCCUGUCCCGAAUGGGUUGCUCGUGAUGUUUUGCCGUUCUCAGGAAGCUUUAGUGGGCCGUCGUACAAUAACUAAAAGUGUAAAAGUGUUUCUGUGUUUUUUGGGCAUCAAAUGUUAGAACCUAAUGCAGAAACAAAGUGUUUGAUGUAGUAGUGUCUCGUAUGAAAAUGAAAUCACUUAUGUCUCGUAUGACAUUUAAGCAAUGAAAAUGAAAUCAGUUAUGU